AUGUUGACUAACAUUGUGAAUUUUGUUAGUGCUUCUGCUAAGCGCCGUAAUGAGUUAAAUUUAAUUCGAAAAGCUGAACUCAAAGAGUUGUUGGAUUCUGGGGAACUUGAGACAGGUAGAGGACUUAAUCAAGGUCGUAGUUUGAAACGAGCUGGAGCCACUCGUUGGGGAUCUCACUUUGCCUUUAUUACAAGUUUAAUGAGUUUAUUUAAAGAGAAUAAAAUACUUAUUCAGAAAUCAGUGAACAUGGACCUAACCAACAAUUUCGUGGUGAUGCAGAAAUUCCAAGAUAUGAGGGCACAUGGUUGGGAUGAUUUAUUCAUGAGUAUGGUAUCAUUUUGUGAACAACAUGGUAUUGAUGUUCCUGAUAUGAGUUCUUGUUAUAUGAUGGGCACACGUCAUUCUUGUCAACAAAAAGAUUUUAUUACAGUUGAACAUUACUAUCGCAUUGAUGUAUUUAAUGAUGUGAUAGAAUGCAUGUUGAGAGAAUUAAAUGACAGAUUUCCAGAGCAAACAGUUGAACUUCUUAUUCUUAGCUCAACAUUGGAUCCUCGUAAUUCCUUCAAAUCAUUCAAUAUUGGGCAUCUAUGUAAACUUGCUGAGAAAUUCUAUCCUGCUGAUUUCAGUCCAAGUGACUUAAAAGUUGGUGUUGACUCUUCCUAUUUCUACAACAACAACGGAACGAGUUUUUUAUGUAUGAGAAUUAUUAAGAAUAGACUUCGAAGCACCAUAGCUGAUGAAUUCCUUGUUGAUUGCAUGAUUCUCCACAUUGAAAGAGAGUUUGCUAAUAGUAUCGAUAAUGAAGAGAUAAUUGAGGAAUUUAAGAUUUGUAAGCCUCGUAGGAUAUGCAUAUUUGAGGGUAAGGCUCAUUACGUCUCCUCUUAUAAGCCCACCAUGUUUUGA